CGACGAUCUUGAUAAGGCUGGCAUGCACCUGCGAUUACGACAGCAAUCUGGCAAUCUGUUCCGCACGUGCGCUAGCCUCUAUACCCUUGUGCACUAUACGCAGGACCUCACCUCUCACGUUGGCCCCUUGUCGAUCUGAGCCCCUUUGAAACACGCGUAAGCCGCCAGAAGGACUGAGCACAGCAUCCUUCUGAUCACAGCAUCCUCCUCCACCUCCCCUACCCUACAAGGUUGUUCUCCAGCAAACCCCCUCUUCCCAUCUUCACGCGUCUGCCUCUUGCCACCCGUCGACUAAGAAUUGUCCGCGACGUUGAAGAAGCAAGAGCCCCAGCAAACUAUAGUCGUCUCCCGCCCGCGUACUAUAUACGACGCUACACACGCUACAAACGCCUCGCACAUCAUGACAAACUCAUUGGAGUCCACGCGCCCCAUGCUAGCCAACUCGACUGGCAACCGCGUCUCGACCCGCAUGUCUACCUACAGCGCCGCCCCGACUCUCGCACCCUCCAUCGCGCCUUCACACACUUCCGACGCCUCGUCCAUGUCGGGCGACCCCAAGUCCCAGGACAUCAAGACGUGGAACGCCGGGUUCGAGCGCCUCGAGGACAAGCGCUUGGUGCAGCAACGCUAUGCGCUCAGCAAUGAGAAGAACGAGGACCUGAGCAAACUGGCGCUGGGCGCGAAGCUGGACCGCGCACUCUCGCGUCGCAUGUCCGGCCAAGACGCCGUCUUCCGGCCAAAGGUGCUCAGCGAGAAGAAACUGCAGACAUAA